AUUCACCCUAAAGUUGUCAGUAGGUUUCAUUUAUUGCAAGUACUAUUUUGAGGACGGUUGUCUGUAUUUGUUCCAAAGAUUUUUUUUUAUCAAUAAUAAUAUUGGUUUGCAAUGGAAAGUGCAGUAAAAUUAGACAAUUCCAAUUCUGGUCCACUGCCACAACGGCAACAAAGGGGUAACCAAACCAAUAAAAAUAUUGGAAAACAUGCUAUUCAAAAGCAAUGUGAUGCCGAUGGAAGUCCUGCUGAAAAAAAGGCACGGUUUGGUGGUCCAAAUAACCAAAAUGGUGGUUUAGCUGGUAGUGGUGGUGGUGGUGGUGGUGCCGCUGCCGGUUCCAUACAAAAUCAAAAUAAGAAUUUUCCUAAUAAGGGUGGAUUUGCUGCGAAUCGCAACCGGAACCGCGGAGGAAAUCAGAAUCGCCCCAAUUUUCAGGGACAGAAUCAAAAUAAUCCAAAUAAAUCCUCUAAUGAAGCAUCAAAACCGGAUGCAGGAAAUGGGCCCGAAAAACAAAACAAUCCACCCCCGGCUAAUCAGAAUCAACCGAAUCAAAAUGCAAACCAAGGGCAAGGCCAAGGCCAGGGGCAGCAAGGUCAAGGACAAGGUUUCCGAGGUCGUGGAGGAGGUGGUGCUGGUAAUAACGUUAGCGGAGGUGGAGGCGGAGGUGGUGUUGGUAGUGGCAGUGGCAGCGGCUCCAACCAAGGUGGUGGUGCAAACCAACAUCAUCAACAGCAGCAGCGUGAAAACAGAAACCGUGGGCAACGUUCAGGUGGGCCUGGUGGCCCCAAUAACACCAUGGGCGGACGGGACGGAGGUGGCGGUGGUUCCCGUGGCGGAGAAGACUUCUUUAUAGCUCAAAGAUUGAGAAGCAUUGCUGGACCUACCUUGGAAUUGGCUCCUGUUGAAGUGCCUACUGAGGCGAAAUUUUCGGGCCGAAACCGUCUGUACGUUGGAAAUCUUACCGGAGAUGUCACUGAUGACGAGCUCCGUGAAAUGUUCAAGCCUUUCGGCGAAAUUGGAGAAAUAUUUUCAAAUGUGGAAAAAAACUUUACAUUCCUUAAGGUUGACUACCAUAUAAACGCCGAGAAAGCCAAACGCGCUCUGGACGGUUCAAUGAGGAAGGGACGGCAAUUGCGUGUCCGUUUCGCUCCCAACGCUACUAUUUUGCGAGUAAGCAACCUUACUCCAUUUGUGUCCAACGAACUGCUUUACAAGUCAUUCGAGAUUUUUGGGCCUAUCGAGCGGGCUAGCAUCACAGUCGAUGACCGCGGAAAGCAUCUCGGUGAAGGCAUUGUUGAGUUUGCUAAGAAGUCAUCGGCUAGUGCUUGUCUUCGUUUGUGCAACGAGAAAUGUUUCUUUUUGACUGCGUCGCUUCGACCCUGUCUGGUAGAACCGAUGGAGGUUAAUGAUGAUAAUGACGGGUUGCCGGAGAAGGCGUUAAACAAGAAGAUGCCAGAGUUCAACCAGGAACGUAGCGUUGGCCCCCGAUUUGCAGAUAUUAAUUCGUUUGAGCAUGAGUACGGAUCGCGGUGGAAGCAGUUACAUGAUCUCUACAAGAGUAAGCAGGAUGCUCUUAAGCGCGAGCUUAAAAUGGAAGAGGACAAGUUAGAGGCCCAAAUGGAAUAUGCACGAUAUGAGCAAGAAACAGAGCUCCUACGCCAAGAGCUACGAAAACGCGAAGUGGACAAUGAACGUAAGAAGAUGGAGUGGGAAAUGCGCGAGAAGCAAGUUGAGGACAUGCGCAAACGCGAAGAGGAAACCAUGCGCCGCCAUCAGAGUGAGAUGCAAAACCAUAUGCUGCGCCAAGAGGAGGACAUGCGUCGUCGUCAGCAGGAAAACACCUUGUUUAUGCAGGCCCAGCAGCUAAACUCUCUGCUUGACCAACAAGAAGGAUUUGGCGGAGGCGGAAAUAAUUCAAGCUUUGACAAUUUCGGGGGCAAUAGCAAUUCACCAUUUGAAGUUUUUAGAGGCAAUAACAACAAUAACUCAACCAUGGUUGGCAAUAACUCUGGACCUGGUGGUCCCAAUAAACAGGACUCCUUCGCUUUUGAAUUUGGGGUUAACAAUAUGAACCAAGGCGGAAAUCAACGUGGAAAUAAUGGCGGAGGAAAUAAUGUCCCAUGGGGACGUCGACGGUUUUAGGACCCUGGAGCAAACAUGCGUAUAAGGAUGAAAGAAACGUAGUUUUACGUUUUACGUUUGGUUUUUUAUCGUUCAUUAAUAAACAAUGUACGAAAUCUCACAGAAGGAUUGUCUAACGAUGCGCACUCAAAUGAAUACCAAGCUUUGAUUUAACAUUUUGUCAUAUAUAUCGACCGUCAAAUCUUUAUACAUAUUACACAAUUUAAGCCGCUAAAAGGAAUAAUCUUAAAAAAUAUUAACUACAAUAUGAAACUACAAUAUGCUUAAAAUGCAGUAUUGAAACAAUCUCUAUCAUCUUUUAAGCAUUACGUGCAUCUAUUUAAUCAUGACGAUAACUUUAGAGAUAUGUAGUGUCCUAUUUUCACGAGAAAUAUGAAUAUUUUUUUGUCAAUCAUUAUAAUUAAAUAUAUAAAGAUGUAACAAUA